UUGGGCGGCUGUCUCUUUAAGGGGGCGGGACUUCCUCCAGCUCCGCAGAACGUGACGUCUCGCGUGUGCAGCACGUCUGAAGACCGGGAACAGGCGGUGCACGUUCACCUCUACGCAAACCACAAGUUUCUUCAAAUACCAGUCUUUAAGGUGCUGUCAUGCCUGCUAAAAAGCCACCAACCAAAAGGAAGUCUGCAGCUGUAGUGGACGAUGUUAAAGACUCCAAGAAGCUGAAAAUUUCACACAGGAGUCAUCAUAAGGAGGCGGGCCAGGUUUUAGUUUUGGGUCAAGGUGAUGUGGGACAGUUGGGUUUGGGAGAGGAUAUCAUCGAGAGGAAGAAACCGGCUCUUGUGUCUCUCCCCGAGAAAAUCGUUCAAGUGACGGCAGGAGGCAUGCACACAGUGUGCCUCAGUGAAAGUGGAAAUGUCUACACCUUUGGCUGUAACGAUGAGGGGGCCCUUGGCCGGGACACGUCUGAGGAGGGGUCUGAAAUGACUCCUGGGAAGGUGGCGCUGGAGGAGAAGGUGGUCCAGGUGUCUGCAGGGGACAGCCACACAGCUGCUCUCACAGAGGAUGGAGCAGUGUAUAUCUGGGGUUCCUUCAGGGAUAACAACGGUGUCAUCGGUCUUCUGGAGCCCAUGAAAACGUGUCCCACUCCAGUGAAAUUCCCCAUUACAGAGCCUGUUGUGAAAGUUGCCUCAGGUAACGACCAUGUGGUAUUGUUAACACUGGAUGGAAAUCUUUACACAUCGGGCUCUGCUGAGCAGGGCCAGCUGGGGCGAGUGCCGGAGCAUUUUUCUAACCGCGGAGGCAGGAAAGGUCUCGAUCGACUGCUGGUACCCCAGACAGUGAAACUCAGGGGGAAAAUUCAUUUCACCGAUGCCUUUUGUGGGGCAUACUUCACCUUUGCUGUUUCAAAAGAAGGACAUGUGUAUGGAUUUGGCCUCUCAAACUAUCACCAGCUGGGAACUAAAAGCACCAAGAUGUGUUUUGUCCCGGUAAAGCUGACGUGCUUCAAGAACUCCACUACGGCCUGGGUGGAUUUUUCUGGAGGACAGCAUCACACGAUCUGUCUCGAUGCGGAAGGGCAGGUAUACAGCCUGGGCAGAGCAGAGUAUGGCCGGCUGGGUCUGGGCCAAGGAGCAGAGGAGAAGAGCGAGCCCACGUCUGUGAUGGGAAUGGAGCCGGCCAGAUGGGUGUCAUGUGGAGCCUCGGUCAGCUACGCAGUGACUAGAGAAGGAGCGGUCUACGCAUGGGGCAUGGGGACCAACCUGCAGCUGGGCACAGGAGAGGAAGACGAUGAGUGGAGCCCUGUGAAGAUGACCGGGAAACAGCUGGAGAACCGGGCAGUUCUGAUGGUGUCCAGUGGAGGGCAGCACACAGUCUUACUGGUCAAAGACAAGCAGGAGAGCUGAUGCCCGCCUCUGGCCGGAGGAUGGGAAGUCUUUCAGGCUUUUUCAAAGUUGGGGCCUUGUUCAGGAUGCUGAGAUGUGGUUAGAGACUUCCUGCACUGAGCCUAGCGAGAAGGAGAUGUCAGAGUGCAGGUUGAGAAUUUGGCCUCUUUUUUUUAAGAGAACUCUUCUGUUCUUAACUUUGGGGAAAUGUUCAUGGAAGUUUUUGAUAGAUCAUGAUCAAUGAGAGACUAUUUUUUUAAAUCUAGCUUUGGAUGUCCCUUUGAAUCUUUUCCUCCAAGUCAUUUGAAUGACUGCACCAUAGUAUUUUGGAUGCUUGUGGAUGUGACUGCAUGUACAUAAAGGAAAUGAAAACUUUCCUGAGCGAUAGUCUUUUAAAUGUUUUCUUUAAAGCAAUAAUUGGAUUUAGUCAGGACAUUGGUUCUGUGAGUUUAACAUGUGCCACUACUGUUCAUUUUACUCCAUAAACACAAUUGCUGAUUGUUCAGACAUUUUGUUACACAUACUGUACAAUUUCCCAGUCUGAAAAUAAAGAUGUUUAACCCCCCUUUAUUAAGCCUCAUCUGUGCAAUUACAGCAUUAGUAUUUUUGCAACUUGCAUCUUAAAAGCU